CUCCCUUACUUCCACAUCUUUUUCUUCUUUGAAAGCUCUCUGAUUCAGUCUGCGAACCAGAAGAGAGAGCCACAUCCAAAAAUGGCAGCUCCCACCCCAUUCCUUUUCUUCGCUCUUUUCCUUUGUUUUUCCUUCCAUCUCUUCCCCUCCGUUCUCUCUCGCGACUUACCGGAGACUACCGCUUCCCGCCCUACCACCACACUCCUCGAUGUCUCUUCCUCCCUGCAGCAGGCUUUGAGCAUCCUCUCUUUUGACCCGCAAACCACAAAUCCCUUCUCUCAACUGCAGCAGACUGUUCCCUCAUUUGUUAAUUCUACAUUCUCAUUUUCCGUUCAGCUUCACUCUCGUGAAUCCAUCUAUAAAACCUACCAUAAAGAUUAUAAAAGCUUGGUUAUCUCUCGACUCGAGCGAGAUUCUUUCCGAGUCAAAGCUAUUACUGCUAGGGUGCAACUCGCCGUUAAUGGCGUAUCCAAAUCUGAUCUCAAGCCCUUGGACGUUGAGAUCCAACCCCAGGAUUUGUCGACACCGGUAACUUCGGGCACCAGCCAAGGAAGUGGAGAGUAUUUCUCUCGGGUUGGAGUCGGGAAUCCGGCGAAGUCCUACUACAUGGUUUUGGAUACUGGAAGUGAUGUUAGCUGGCUUCAAUGCCAGCCCUGCUCCGAUUGCUACCAGCAAGUGGAUCCUAUCUUCAGUCCGUCCGCGUCGUCUAGCUACGUCCCACUCUCUUGUGAUUCUGCACAGUGCAACUCUCUUCAAAUGUCUAGCUGCCGUGGUGGCCAAUGUCUUUACCAGGUAAAUUAUGGCGAUGGAUCCUUUACCUUCGGCGACUUCGUGACUGAGACGGUGUCGUUUGGGAGCUCAGGAACCGUUAACAACAUUGCUUUGGGCUGCGGUCAUGACAAUGAGGGAUUAUUUGUCGGCGCUGCUGGGCUGCUCGGACUUGGUGGUGGACCACUCUCACUCACAUCCCAGCUCAAAGCAUCGUCGUUCUCGUAUUGUCUGGUGAAUCGCGACUCAGCUGGAUCCUCGUCUCUGGAUUUCAACUCCAACCCAGUCGGCGAUUCAGUCAUAGCUCCGUUAUUGAGAAGCAACAAAAUCGAUACAUUUUACUACAUUGGACUAAUCGGAAUGAGUGUCGGCGGCCAUAUGCUUUCGAUCCCACAAUCAGUUUUCCAGCUGGCCGAGUCGGGUGACGGCGGCAUCAUUGUCGAUUGCGGAACCGCUAUAACUCGGUUGCAGAGCCAGGCCUACAACUCACUGCGAGACGCGUUCGUAAGCAUGACGCAAAACUUGAAACCCACUGGGGGUGUAGCUCUGUUUGAUACUUGUUAUGAUCUGAGAGGGCAAAGCAGCGUGAAGGUACCAGCGGUGGCAUUUAAUUUUGCAGAGGGAAAGUCGUGGAACUUACCGGCGGCGAAUUACCUGAUCCCAGUGGACUCAGAGGGGACAUACUGCUUCGCGUUCGCACCAACGACGUCGUCUUUGUCGAUAAUAGGGAACGUGCAGCAGCAGGGCACACGUGUGAGUUUUGACCUGGCUAAUAAUAGAGUUGGGUUAUCGAGCAACAAGUGUUAAACAAGUAGACUGAAUGACCUUUUUAUCCCUGGUAAAGAAGGUGAUUGGCUACAGUAGAACUCUUAUUCUUAUAAAUGAAGUAGGAAUAGGAAAGGAAAUGAAGAGUGGGCAUAAGUAGGGCCCAUCUAAAUAAACUCCAAAGACUGUGUUUGGUAGGGUAAUUAAAUUAAAUUAAAAUCAUAAAUGUACUGGUUGCUUAGUGGCAUGUAUAGUAAAAUAUUUGAAAAUGCAAGGACAAUUAAGGGAAUGAAAGAUGAAUAUGAGCUGUAAA